GAUAAGCCUCGUGCCAGAGUCAGCUGAUCAGUGCAUAGUGACAGUGGCUCUCUGUCGGGAAUGUCGGAACGGAGAAGCACCGAGUGAGCUCUGAACGCCGUAGAAGGAAUAGGAAAUCCUCUGAAUUCCUAACAUAAUUGGUAUUCUUGUCAGUUUUUGUUGUUCUACCAAGAUGUGGCUGUGGGUUGCAGCAACCACGGUUGGCUUUGUGAUCGUGGUCAAGGUCGUGUACACUUUUCGCUCAGGCAAGUGUCGGUCUGAAGUCAAAUUGGUCGGCAAAACAGUCAUCGUUACCGGCGCUUCUGCAGGUAUUGGCAAGGAAACAGCAAGAGACUUGGCUGAAAGAGGAGCACGUGUUAUACUUGCUUGCAGAAAUCUAGAGAAAGCACAGAAGGUUGCAGAUGACAUCAUCAACACUACAGGCAAUGGACAAGUGUUGGUACGUGAGCUUGACACAUCAGACCUCAAAUCUGUCAGAAAAUUUGCAAAGGAGAUUCUUGCUACAGAAAAGCGUCUAGACAUCCUGGUGAACAAUGCAGGAAUGUCAGGUCCAACCACAAAAAAAGUCUCAAGUGAUGGUCUGGAGUUAACGCUGGCUACCAAUCACUUUGGUCAUUUCUUGUUAACCAAUUUGUUAUUAGGACUGCUCAAAUCUAGUACUCCCAGUCGCGUCAUUAAUGUGAGCUCAGCUGCUCACUACUUUUGCAAGGAAUUAAACCUUGACGUCAACUUCGAGAAGAGACCAUAUGCAGGUUCACUGUUUGUCUAUAGCCAGUCCAAACUGGCCAACAAUCUCUUCACUCUAGAAUUGUCUGAAAAAUUGAAAGGCACAGGUGUUACUACAAAUUGUCUUCACCCAGGGGUUGUUAACACAGAAAUCAUACUGAAGGAAAAUAAGAAAUUCCUCAACUACAUUUUUGCAUUCUUUUUCUGGAGUAUGGGCAAGGAUGAGAAGUUAGGAGCACAGACAACCAUCCACCUUGCAGUGUCUGAAGAAGUAGCAGAUGUGUCAGGAAUGUAUUAUACAGAUUGUAAGUUACAACAGUCUUCAAAUUUAGCUAGUGAUACGGGAUUAGCCAAGAAGCUGUGGGAACUAAGUGAAGAUUUGGUUGGACUCUCCCAGGAAGAGAAGAACUACUAAAUGAGGACUGAAUCAUCUUGCAACAAACAAUGCAUGCAUAGUUUCUAAUAAUGUCUGUAGCAUUGUGGUAUGUUAAACAAGUGCUAUAGAUUCUCCUUCCUGAUAGUAGAGGAAUUUUCCUGGGGGUAUAGUGCUUCUGCAUUUUAAGAGGAUAUUCAGAAAAUGCUGUAUUAUUAGCUAUAACAGGAUUCUGAUUAUAUGGUGAAUAAAGAACAAAUAUUUUUUUUUAAUCAGGGUAGCAAAUACUGAUUAUAUUGUUAGAAAUGUCUGUGGUAAACACAGGGACCAUAAUUUUUGUUUUUCUUACCCUUUAAAACACAAGUAAGCCUAAAAAGGGAGUGGGGUAAAGAUCCAAACAAUAGUGUAACAGCUUAUCUGGUAGUCAAAUAGACACGUUAUAGGAGGGCUCUUUUGAAGCACUCCUUUAAAAUUUACGGUUAUAUUUAUGUAAUAAAUAGUUCAGAGAGAA